AUGAGUCUCAUCGACAAGGAAGUUACCCUAACCAACAUUGAGAAAUUCAAUCACCUUCUCAAUUGUUUGCAAGGGCAGGCUUUGGAGACUGUGAAGGCGUUCCAGGUCACCAGCGAGAACUAUCCCAAGGCACUGGAUAGAUUAAAGGCUCGCUACGACAACAGCACAAUGAUAUUCAUUGAAACCAUAAAAGCGUUGUUCGAGCUUCCGUCCACUGCAAGGCAGAAUGCUUCUCAGUUACGCAGCUUGAUUGACAACGUGUCUGCGCUAUAUAGUUCGCUGUUGUCAAUCGGCUCUGACAAAAACAUUUCGCAUCUAUUACUAAUCCACCUUGUAAUGGACAAGGUUGAUGAUGAAACGCAAACCAAGUGGAAAGAGUCAUUAGACUUCACAACGCUUCCAACAUGGGAAGAGUGUGCAAAGGUGCUUGAGCGUCGCUGUCAGUUUUUGGAAUCCGCAUCUGGCCCUCUCGCAUUUGGUGACUCCGUAAAACCAGGCAACAAACCAGACAGCAAGAACAAGUCUUCGCGUAAGGGUUAUUCAUUUUCGUGCACAAAACGCUCUUGCGACUUAUGUUCCAGUUCAGAGCAUUUGAUUGCCAGCUGUUCACGUUUCAAACAGAUGGAGGUUGCAGAUCGCUUUAAGGAGGUAAAACGACUAGGUCUGUGCCUGAAUUGUCUGUCACCAAAACACCAGUUAGCACAUUGUUCGUCGGCAUUUAAAUGUAAACAUUGUGCACGUUCACACCAUAGCCUUUUGCAUCGCACUACCAGUUCCAAUAAUGCACAGUCAACAUCGAUCUCCACAUCCCUGGUCGAGCAAUUAACGAAACCUGUAUGUACAGCAGCAGCACACACACACCGCGAAAAAUCGCCACAAGACCAAGUCAUACUGGCAACAGCUGUGGUACUUAUACGAGAUGCAUGUGGCCGCUAUCAAUUGGGUAGAGCGCUACUCGACUCAUGUUCCCAGGUGAACUUUGUCACCGAAGAGUUCUCCCAAAAAUUGCGUCUACCAAGGGAAAGGCAUCGCAUUGAGAUUCAGAGCAUCGGAGAUUCGGUAACAAACAUAAAACACAAAACGUCAACCACGGUCAAGUCUAGGGUAUCUGGCUAUGAGAUACCUUUGUCGUUUUAUGUGACUUCGCACAUCGCGUACCAGCCAGAGACUGAAAUCGACAUUACGUCUUGGAACUUGCCUUCCAAUAUUGAGCUCGCUGAUGACAAUUUCUUCAAGUCAACACAUGUGGAUAUACUCAUCGGUACAGAAAUCUUUUUCGAUAUUUUAUCUGUCGGUCAGAUAAAGUUAGCUUCUGAUUUGCCAUCACUACAGAAGACCCUAUUAGGAUGGGUCGUCUCAGGACGAUACAAAAGGCCAACAACUAUUUCGCCUCCAAUAUGCAUGCUUUCUAUUGAGGAAUCCGUGGAUGCAAAUUUACAACGCCUCUGGAAGCUCGAUGAGGCAUCAACGGCUGACCUAUGGACUACUGAGCAGCAGAAUUGUGUUCGGGAAUACAUGCAGACCGUACAUAGAAACAGCGAGGGAAGGGUUAUUGUCAAGUUGCCGUUUAAGGAGGGCCAUAACAGCCUUGGUCAAUCAUACGCUACAGCGCUUCGAAGAUUCCUCGCUCAGGAGCGCCGGUUAGCCCGCUGUCAUGAUCUGAAACAACAAUACAUCGCCUUUAUGGAUGAAUAUCGCGACCUUGGACAUAUGAGCGCAGUCGAGAAAGUCGACCUCAACACCCCACAUUACUAUGUACCCCACCAUUACGUCUUGAAGCCAACCAGCACCACAACUAAGCUCAGAGUUGUCUUUGACGCCUCGUGCAAAACCACUUCGCAAAAAUCGCUUAAUGGCAUAUUAGCCGUCGGGCCUACUCUACAGAACGAGCUGUACAUCUUGCUUUUACGCUUUCGCUUGUUUCGUUACGCACUUACAGCUGAUAUAGUGAAGAUGUACCGUCAAAUUCUAGUGGAUGCAGACGAUCGCAAAUUCCAACGCAUAUUGUGGAGAAGUACGCCCGAUGACGAAGUUUGCACAUACCAAUUAAAUACAGUGACGUAUGGGAUGGCAUCUGCUCCUUAUCUUGCUGUGCAGAGCCUCAACUACAUUGCUGAUACAUAUGAAGCUAGUUAUCCUAUUGGUGCUAGUGUAGUCAAAACGUCAUUCUAUGUUGACGAUCUACUUUGUGGUGCCGAUACUCUGGCCGAAAUGUCUCGUAUCAAAUACGAAGUCACGGAAGUGCUGAGACGUGGCUGUUUCACUUUGGCCAAGUGGCAUUCAAAUCACCACAUGUUCCGAGAGGAUGACACUAUGAAGGAUGUUAACUUGGACGAGGAUCUGACGACCAGCACUUUGGGUAUUAAAUGGGAUCAGCUUCACGAUGUUUUCAUAUUUUCGUUUCAGCCUAAGCAACCUGUGAAUGGGCGAAUAACUAAGAGGUCAAUUUUGUCCAUUGCAUCAGCGCUGUUCGAUCCUUUGGGACUAAUCGCACCAGUUGUUAUUACCACUAAGAUCAUUUUACAAGAGUUGUGGCUUUUGAAGCUGAAUUGGGACGAGUCUGUGCCUCAAACCCUACAGUUGGCCUGGGAACGCUUCCUCGAUGACAUAACUAAUCUAAAUACUCUCUCCGUUUCAAGGUAUUGUGGUGCAACAAGUCAUCAAUCAAUACAAAUCCACGGGUUUUGCGAUUCGUCUAUUCGAGCAUACGGCUGCUCCAUAUACGUUCGCUCCAAGACGAUAGAAGGUAAAACUACUGUCACUCUGUUGACAGCCAAAUCACGAGUAGCACCAAUCAAAAAGCAAUCGCUACCUAAGCUUGAGCUAUGUGGCGCCUUACUCCUGGCAAGGCUUUUCGCGAAAAUCAAACCGCUGUUCAUCGCCGACACCCCUGUUUUUCUGUGGACUGACUCACAGAUCGUACUUCAUUGGCUUGGAAUGCACUCGGCUACUCUUUCAACAUUCGUGGGCAAUCGGGUGUCAGAGAUUCCAGAUCUCACAACAGGAGCAAGCUGGCGGCAUGUACCAACAAAGAGCAACCCAGCUGAUGUCGUGUCACGAGGCUGCUCCGUAUUGGAACUCAGCGGCUCGAUCUGGUUUUCAGGGCCAUCGUUCUUAAAGCUAGAAUCCGAACAGUGGCCAAUUAACGAAGGUGAUCAAGUCGACAUGGAAGAAGUUGGUCGAGAAAAACGUAAAUCAUCAUUCAAGGUAACUUCUAACGAAAACUAUAUUUUGAAAGUACUUGAGAGAUACAGCUCGUAUACGCAUUGCCUACGUGUCAUAGCCUGGAUAUUUCGCUUCCAUCAAAUAACUAGCAAAUCGUUUACCAUUCAUUUCGAUAAAGAAACUCUAUCGCCUCAAAAUUUGCAACAAGCGCUGUGGUGCAUUGUUUGGAAUGUGCAGCAGCAGCAUUUCGCCGAGGAAAUUCAUGCAAUUAAACAAAAUAAAGCAGUAUCUGGAGCUCUUAAAUUCCUCAACCCGUUUCUGCAAAUUCAUGGUGGAUUCAGUUUAAUAAAGGUGGGUGGACGUUUGGAGUUAGCAGAGUUGGCAGACAUGCAUAAGCACCCUGUCAUCCUUCCUAGCAAGUGUCAUUUCACGGAGCUGUAUAUUCGACAUUUGCACAUCGUACAUUACCACGCAGAUACCGUACAAUCUAUGAAGGAUAUUCGUGUGUCAAAACGCAAGCAUCUUCAUAGUCCGCCUAAUGAAAGGAUAAUCGCUCAACGUCAGAUCAAUCUUCAGAAUGACUUAGCUAAACUCGCUUCUCCAUGUCCACAGACAUCGGAGUCGUCAUCCUCAAAAGAAUGUAUAACAAAGCGCGCUUCCCCUGCUAAUAACAACGAGCCUGAAGUACCUUCCCCUUCCCCCGUUGAAGUUGUGGCACCGUCAUAUAAUCCUCUACCGCUUGCUCUACCCUCAAUUAUAAGUGGCGCGGUUUUUUCGAAUUUUGAGCAAUUUCUAUUUGAAAUAAGUGGCACAUUUAUGCUGUAA